AUGAGUAAUAAAGAGAAAAUUGAAAAUGUGAAGAAGUGGUUAAUGCCUUCUAAGCCACUUCUUAGCAUGUUAUUAGUGCAAAUUAUUUCAACUGGAAUGCAACUUUUGUCAAGAGUAAUCUUGGUUAGGGGGACUUUCAUUUUUGCAUUCAUUACUUAUCGAUAUAUUGUUGCGGCUAUUUGUGUUGUUCCUUUUGCACUCUAUUUUGAAAGAGAACAAGUGAAAAUGUUCGAUUUCAAUUGGAAAGUUUGGAUCUGGCUUUUCCUUAAUGCAUUAGUGGGAAUGACAAUGGCUAUAGGAUUAUUUUACUAUGGUCUUCGAGAUACAUCUGCGACUUACUCUGUCAAUUUUCUCAACCUGAUUCCUAUUUUCACAUUUUUCAUAUCUAUCAUAUUAAGAAUGGAAGACCUAAAUAUUAAGACAUGGGGUGGUAUAGCUAAAUGCUUUGGAGCAAUUUUAUGUGUUGGUGGAGCAUUAUCUAUAAGCCUUUACAAAGGAAAGGAAAUUUAUAUUGGUAAUCACAGUCACCAUGUUGAGAGAAUAGUUGUUGGAGCACAAAAAAGUCGCAUGCUUCGUGGCACUUUCUUUUUGAUUGCAUCAUGUUGUUGUUCCACGGUUUGGUUUAUCAUGCAAGUUCGGUUGGCUAAGGUAUUUCCGUUUAGGUAUUGGACAACGAUGAUAUCAUGUUUUAUGACAGCGAUUCAGUCGACGAUAAUUGGUGUAGGCAUGGAUUUCAGUAAGGAAGCUUGGAAGCUAGAACUGAAUCUGCAACUUGUUACUAUAGUUUAUGCGGGAGUAUUGGCUACUGCCGCAACAUUUUGUUUAAUAUCAUGGACAAUAACAAUAAAGGGACCAACUUAUUCAUCAAUGUUUAAUCCAUUAGCUCUUGUUUUUGUUGCCAUGUCUGAGGCUUUCAUACUCGCUGAACCACUACGAAUUGGAAUGUUAAUAGGCAUGGUUUUAAUAAUAAUGGGAUUAUAUUCGUUUUUAUGGGGUAAAAGGAAUGAGAUGCCUCAUUUUCAUCAAUCAAAUGUAGCAAUUUUGGAAUUAUCAACAAGCAUGAGAGAUGACCCUACGGCACCUAAGUAUAUCUCGGUUACAAAUUGA